UUUCUCGAUCCCCAAUUCGUGGAUUAGGGUUAAAAGGAACCAUUUUUAUUCUCGUCGCCCGAACAACAAAUCCAGAUCGAAGAAGAUCCAAUGGCGUUGAGAAGGGUUUACAAUGAAAUCAAGGGGAAGAAGGUGACAGAGCUUCCCGGCUAUUUCAAAUCGACGUUUUCAACGGAGACCGUGAAGACUUCUGUGAAGAGAGGACUUGAUAACUACAACGACAAAUACAUCCAGACCAGCUCCGUCGAGCCUCUCCUUCAUAUCUGCUUCGGAGGCAUGGCCUUCUCUUACCUUGUCGCUCUCCCCAAUGAGCGUCGCCAUCUUGAGCACCAGCAGCAUGCUAAGGAGCACGGUGGUCAUUGAUCUCGAGGGAAUCGUUUCGAUCUCGAGAUGAUUUUAGGGGUUGCUUUGAAAUCUUUCUGCGAUGGUGACAACUCAAGAAUUGUGUCUUUAUUGUUUUGUUUUCUCGAAAUUUUCCUGGAUAUUGUUGACCUAAAGGAAAAGCCUUUGUUUUGAAUUUGCACUCGAUAAGGCAAAUAAUUGAAGCAUCAUGAUAUAUCCAUGAAUAAUAUACUGUUUUGUUUCCGGUGAAGCUGUGGAUUCAGCAUUUGUGUUAUCAUAUUUGAUUGAUGCGGUCUGUAUACUUGGAUUGAGCCGAAGAUGAUGCAUAAUCGAUUUAUAAACCUCUCUAUUCAUUUC